AAGUUUUGCAGUGUGUCAGAUGUUAAGCAUGUUUUGCUUUGUUCCAGUAGCCGGAUCGAGCUGGGAGAUGUGACGCCACACAACAUUAAGCAGCUGAAGAGGCUAAACCAGGUCAUUUUUCCUGUCAGCUACAAUGACAAGUUCUACAAGGAUGUACUGGAGGUUGGCGAACUAGCCAAAUUAGCCUAUUUCAAUGAUAUUGCAGUGGGAGCAGUGUGCUGUAGGGUGGAUCACUCCCAGAACCAGAAGAGACUGUAUAUCAUGACGCUGGGAUGCCUGGCACCCUACCGAAGGCUAGGAAUAGGAACGAAAAUGUUGAAUCAUGUCUUAAACAUCUGUGAAAAAGAUGGCACCUUUGACAACAUCUAUCUGCACGUCCAGAUCAGCAACGAGUCUGCAAUUGACUUCUACAGGAAGUUUGGCUUUGAGAUCAUUGAGACGAAGAAGAACUACUACAAGAGGAUAGAGCCCGCAGACGCGCACGUGCUGCAGAAGAACCUCAGAGCCCCUUCUCUGGGCCAGAACCCAGACGUGCAAAAGACCGACAACUGAACAAGCCCCCGACGAACACUUUCUUGCACUUGCUUGUCGCCAAAUAAGGAAAGAGAGGCCUCUUGACUUUUUUCUUU